UUUUAUUAGUAUUUUUUUUGUCGAAGGACUUGAAGAUGAUUUGACUUGAAAAUGCGGAGUUCUCUCGCAUCUUCGAUCACGUUCGAUUAAAAUGAAACUGGCAACAAAAUCGUAACUCACUGCUGCAAGGUCGAACAUAAAUUUUAUGUUCGACAUCCCGGAUGACGACGUUACGGCCCUUAAUCAGAUUUCCGUCGCGAGUCAGACGGGUGUGUCUGAACUGAACGUUUUCCCUUCCUGGAAAGCAUUUAAAAAUGAUUUGCCCCCUGGGCACCCGCCGAUGACGUGGGUUGCCGAACUGAACCACGUUGCUGAAGAAAAAGCUGCCUUUAGAACUGUUUCGGACUUGAAGAUGAUUUGA